ACCCUUCACACACAACACAAUCACUAUCUAUCUUAUAUUUAUAUUAGAAAUUUUGAUAAAAAUGACGGGUGUACUUUUCCGGACCGGUUCAGGACCGAUUCACUCGUCGCUAUUGCCCGGUUCAGCAAGAAUCGCCGUUCCUCUUCGUCACGAUUCGUUUUCCGGUGGUGAGAAGGUGGAGUUUUCGUGUUUGUGUUUGGAAGCUAACAACAACAUCAAUCGUCGGAGAAUCACUAGAGCUAUAUCUGAGCCGAAGGAAAUUAAUAGACUGAGGUCAAUCAGUGCGGGAUCGCAAACUUUUCCGGAAAUGUUACCGGAGGUGGACGAGGAGUCGUUGUCCGAUGACGAUGGUACUGGUGGAAGUAUUGGAGCGUUGAAGUUCACGGAGAAAUGUUUUGAUCGGAUGAGUUGGAUGCCGGGAAGUGGAAUCGCAGUGGAGGAGACGCAGUUUUCCGGUGUCGGUAGUGGAAGUGGACGAGAUCGCGAUGGUUUCGGUUCAGGAGGUUCUUCUUCCGAUCGCGAACGGAAGAAAAUCGGUGAGUACUAUCUUCAAAUGUUGAAGUCGAACCCUAACGAUCCUCUUAUCCUACGGAACUAUGGAAAAUACUUGCACGAGGUAGAAGGAGACAGUGUUAAAGCGGAGGAGUACUACGGAAGAGCGAUACUAGCGAGUCCUGGAGACGGAGAACUUUUAUCGUUAUACGGGAAACUAAUUUGGGAUACAGAGAAAGACGGAGAGCGAGCUAAAUCUUACUUCGAUCAGGCUGUUAGCGCAUCUCCUGAUGAUUGUAUGGUGAUGGGAUCAUACGCGCAAUUCAUGUGGGAAGCAGAAGAAGAUGAAGAUGACGAAGAAGAAUCUGGAUCUAAGGUGACGUUGCUUCCUGCAUCACAACCGAUGGUUUCAGCGUUCUAGAUGUUGUGAAGCUAUUCAAUAUAGUCGAACGGGAC